AUGCGCGGCGUCGCGGGCGCCCGUCCGGCGCCGGUCUCGAGAGAGCGGCUGCCCAAGGGAGAGCCAGGGCCGCCGGAACGCCGGCGAGCUCCCAGCCGCCUGGAGCGGGAUCGGUGCCGCCCGCCCGGCCUCGAGAGCGGCCCUCGGCGCUCCAAUAUCGGCUCUUAUGCAUUACCGCGCCCCUGUCGGUGCCCGGCAGUUUUCCGGGUGUUUCUGGUGUGUGAGCCCAAAGGGUCCCUCUCUGGUAGUAAUGCUGGGAUUACAAGCAUAGAAUUUGAUAGUGCUGGUUCUUACCUCUUAGCAGCUUCCAAUGACUUUGCCAGCAGAAUCUGGACAGUGGAUGACAAUCGAUUACGGCACACCCUGACAGGUCACAGUGGUAAAGUUCUGUCAGCCAAGAUCUUGCUGGACAAUGCACGCAUUGUUUCGGGAAGUCAUGACCGGACCCUCAAGCGCUGGGACCUCCGCAGCAAAGUCUUUCUUCUAUCAAUGCAGUCGCGUGGUCACCAGCGGGUGCCCAUGUGGUCAGUGUGGACAAAGGAAACAAGGCUGUCCUGUGGUCUGAAUUUUGACUGGACGGAGGGUGAAAGGCAGAGCCUCCAGUGCCUCUGUGUCUGGUGGUGCUGGUCCGUGGCUGAACAGAAUGGAGACCCGAGCCCAGAUCCAUCCUCAGUCAGGAUAUUAACAAGCGCAUGGGCUUCACUUUCCAGAGGAACGUUCUAAAGCAAUGGAGAAGGAGCCUGAGUCAGAGACUUCUUAUGGCCGUAACUGCACUGUGGCACUCGGACUCAGCAAAGGAUUAGCUGUUCUGGAUGGAGAAUGCUACUUAGUCAUGCCUUUACAUGCAGUAUCUAUGCACCAAGUGGAGCUGAAGAUACUAGCGGGAUUCCUCACCAGACAGCUGUGCCAAAUACCCUGUCACACAAAUGUAUCUACAGCACUUCUGAGUUGAAACUGUUGGAAAGAAGUUACUGUGUAUGCUGACUUAAUACAUGUCCUGUCUCCUGUGUUCUGUCCUUGUGGCCUAGUUCAGGCAUGGGGUAAGAAGAUCCUGAAACGUGGACAGGCCCUAGGCAGUCUGAACAGCUUUUAAAGAGAGUCUCCCGUGCUCUGGCAGCUCUGCUGUUGAGUUACCAGCUCAAUUCAGAUCUGCUCUGAUCCAGGCGCAGGUUCUCCAGCACAUGUGAACUCUUUGUAUCAGUUUUACCUGUCCUUAGGGCAAUGGUCCAUUCUUCAGGAUGUCUGCACCCUUUUGUUAAAAUGCCCUUCCAACAGUUUGGGCAUCACCAAAUAGGAGAUUUUUAAUCUUUUUAUUCCACAGGCAGUUUGGUUCCUGGGUGUGAGGAGAGAGAAGUUCAACUUCUGUUGUGCUGCUGUGAUAAGGAAUGUAGUGGUAACUGUGACUUCAGUACCGGAAUAUAGAUGUUUGGUCCCUUUUUCUGUUCAUCCGUCCUGUCCUGGCGGCUGUCAGUAGAACACAGGGGAGCAGUGGGGUUAAAUCCCAAAUCCAUUGUUUUGGUGCUGGCAAUUCCAGGCCACUUGCCCCCUUCUUGAGCACAAGUGCAAUAUUCCUGUUUGCGCUGGAGCCCUCUCUGUGCUACAGAGCAGUGUCUUGGCUCUGUCCCUGUUAAAGCAUCCAAAACCAUGAGGUGGCUGGGUAUGAGCUACCCGACAUAACUUUCCCCAGCCAAACCUUUCCCCAUCAUCUGGGUCUCAAGACAAGCCACCAGCGGUUUAUUGCCUUUUUAUUUGCACUUUAUUUUCUUCUUUCUGAUAGUGUUUUACUAAGGAAGUGUGUUCUUCGGAGGGGCUGGGUUAGGGGGCAGCUGCUAUAACAGGCAUUUCCUUAACCUAGCCUUUUGUUCAGACACUUUCUGCAGAGGGGAAUUAGAGUAUAUGGGGCAAAGUUUUUAUUUAUUCAGCUGCCCGUAAGAACUUGAUUGUAAAUAAACCUGUGUUCUGCUUUUAAAACCCCACAA